AUGAAAGCCACAACCAACUUCAGCUACUCUAGAAACGACAGCAACUGCACCAGCGAUAACAAAAUCAGUCAAGUCAUUUUUCCUUUGCUUUAUACAAUUCUGUUCCUGGUAGGUAUCACCAUGAACAGCCUGGCAAUGUGGGUCUUUUUUAAAAUAUCCAGUAAAUCCAAUUUCAUCAUAUUCCUCAAGAACACUGUAAUUUCUGACUUCCUCAUGAUCUUAACUUUUCCAUUUAAAAUCCUUAGCGAUGCAAAGCUGGUAACAUGGGCACUGAGAGGAUUCGUGUGCCAGGUCACCCAGGUUGUGUUUUACUUCACCAUGUACAUUAGCAUUUUGUUUCUUGGUCUCAUAACUGUCGAUCGCUAUCAGAAAGCCGCUUCGCCGUUCAGAACAUCAACAUCAAGGAGCCUUUUAGGUGCCAAGAUCCUGUCCACAGCCAUCUGGAUAUCAAUGUUUGCUCUUUCAUUACCCAACAUGAUUCUAACGAACAAGAAGAAAACACCUAAGAACGUAAAAAAGUGUGCUCUCUUGAAAUCCGAGUUUGGCUUAGUCUGGCACGAAAUUGUAAACUAUAUUUGUCAACUUAUCUUCUGGGUUAAUUUAGCAGUCAUAGUUGUAUGCUACAUACUCAUAAGUAAAGAACUGUACAAAUCCUAUAAACGGACAAGAUGCACAGGAAAGGCAUCCAAAAAGACUGUAAAUUUGAAGGUUUUCAUCAUUAUCGCAGUGUUCUUUAUUUGUUUUGUGCCAUUCCACUUCACUAGAAUCCCCUACACGUUGAGCCAAACAAGAGAUGUUUUUGAAUGUUCUGCUCGGAACACCUUGUUUUACUUGAAAGAGAGCACGCUGUGGCUGACAUCGCUAAACGCUUGCCUGGACCCAUUCAUAUACUUUUUCCUUUGCAAAUCGUUUAGAAAGUCCUUGCUACACAUGCUGUGCAAGCACAUAGCACCGUCAGAACUCAGAGCACAGAUAAAGGGGCAGAACGAAGGAGACGACACGGAUGAUACGCCGCUCUAG